GACUGUAUUAUGAUCUCCUUGACUUGAAACCCCCACCCCCUUGCUUCUUUAAAAGUCAAUUUGUUUUCGAAAUCCAAGGUGGGUUGGGUUUAGCCUGCGUAGAAAGCGUCCCGCAAAUAUAACACUGGGGCAGGCCAAAGUUCGUUCAAGACAUUUUAAGAACCCUACAUGACGCAUCUUCGAAAUCCAAUAUGGCGGCAAGAUUUAACUUGGCGACUCUGUCGUAAACAGAAGAACGUUUGGAGUUUUGAUUAAUAUAGAAUAUGACUUUGGUGGCGGGAAUGGGACUUGGUGUGUUACUGGUGUUGAUAUUUUGGACUUUAGGCAUUAUAGGAUGCGUAGCCUUGUCAAGAACCUCAGGACCUUUGAAAAACGCAGUGGUAGGAAUAUUUUUUCUGCUUGUUCUCCUCACAUUAAUUUUGAUCUUCUGGCCAAGAAAAACAGUGGAGGAGGAAUUAGCAGGAUCCACAGCUAAAAAGAUCGAAGUUGAUGGACUGAUCAUUCCCAAGACAGUUUUGUUUGUGUUUAUCUGCAUAUUUGCUGCUGUUGCCUUUGUUUUCCUUGUGCAACACUGGAUGGAACCUGUUUAUUCACCUGCUCUAACUUCCAGGAAAACCUAUGCUUUCUAGUCAGUGCAUCAUAGAAUCAUAGGUUUGCAACCCAUGAACAUCCAAUAUCAUGAGUUGUUGGUCCAUGGAUAAAUUGGGCCCACUCAUUCCAGGGUGCCAAUCCAGUGUGCCAUAAAAGUAAAAAAGGCUCUCUAAGUAUUUCAAGCUGUGUCAAGAAGUGGACAUAACUAAAAGUUGAUUUUAGCAGCUGAGAACAAUCUAGUUCUCCUGAGCAAGAACUAGUUAUGGUGGACAAAUUCACCUUUUGCAUCUCAAGACCUCUUUGGAGUAGGCAUCAGCACAAGUAAAGUUUUCUUUUCUCCGGUGAUUUUCAAGAACUGCUUGGAAAGUAAGACACAAAGGGAUGUGUCGAAAAUCAGACUUUGAAAACUCCGACCACAGACCCAAAAAACUCAGACCCUCUGGGUGUCUCAAAAGUUUGAUGUGUCAUUUGUGUAGAAACGUUAGAUUCUUAGUCUUGAUUUAAGGUGGUCCAAAACAGUAAUGGUUCUGUGAGACACCUGGGCUGUAGUGCACACUUCAGCGCGAGGCAUCACACGAUCACCCAAAAGGUCGCGAGAUAGCACGCAAGAUUUAAAGUUUACAAAAAUGAAAACAAACACGGCGGUGUGAAGUCUACUUCGUAAAACUUUCUUUCUGCCAAGUUUAGUAAGCUUUAUGUGUUGUCAGUAACUGAUAACACAAAAAUAGCUGUUAUUUUUAUCUUCAAAAACAUCCAUCCUUCAGGCAAUUUCAAAGGAAAAUCAUUCUUUUUAACCGCUGUACUAGAACAUGAAUGAAAAUUGAGAUGUUGAUGAUGCGAUCGAUCACACCGGCUAUCAAUCUUGUUCUUUCUACUUGGCCAGUCUCACCUUUGAGUGUUUAUGGUACUCCUCUUCCACUGCUUAUGCUAUUAGUGACAACAGCAAAACAGAAAACACUAUUCUUGUGGAAUUGUGGGCUUUACUGAUCAGCGGACCAUAUUCAUACAUGCACAAGGGGCAAUCUUGCAAGUCGAGAUUUUAAUUUGCACGUAGUACAUACGAGAAAAAUUCCUUAUCCACAAAGCUAAUAUCUCAAAAACUGAUCUGGUGACACUACUUUUUUAAUGUAACAAAAUUAUUCAACACCAAAAGAAGAAUGCAUGUUUGAAAUUGUAAAAAAAAAAGUCUGGAGUUGAAUUCCUCCAACUUAGACAUUUUCAGUUUUUCUAAUUUAAGGUGGCCCCCUAUAGUUUUACGAUUGCACGCACGCUGAGGACAAAAGCUC